GUAGAGGAUGAAAGCGCUAACAAUGCAGCCUUCUGUGGAACUUGGAGGAAAAACAGACUGAGCCCGCCCGUGGAGCUAUUGCUCUCCUUGAUGUAUGAAGGGGCUGAGUCCCAAACUGGCCCCUUUCCAACGUGACUGUUGGAACUGCUCCCCAGUGCCGCCUCUGCCCCUGGGGAACCCAUCGCACCUUAGAGGCUCCCUCCAGCUUUGUCUUUUAAGGUGGUGUUUGUAACAGCAGCUGCAUCUUCACCAGCUUCCUAGAGAUCCAAGCAGUUGAAGCUGAUGGAUCACUUGCUACAUCAGCUGGAGCUGUGAUCCCAGCGGCCUCGAGCCGAGUGAAGACGCAGGUUAGCCCACCAUGCCUCGCUUGGCACAGAUGAUGGGGUUUCUUGAGGAGUUUGACCAUUACUCUUCCUUGGACAAACUCAUGUCAGUCUACCAAGCAACCAACAGGACCACCUUCAACUGGACAGACAGCCGCAUUGUUGAGUGGGAGAAAUUUGCCGAGCUGGCUAAAUAUGAGCCGGAAUCCCAGAAACCAACAGUGAAAGCUCUCCUAAUCGUGGCGUACUCGGUCAUUAUCAUCAUGUCUCUCUUUGGGAACAUGCUGGUGUGCCACGUGGUGCUGAAGAACAAGAGGAUGCACUCAGCCACCAGCCUUUUCAUCGUCAACCUGGCAGUGUCUGACAUUAUGAUCACGCUGCUCAACACGCCUUUUACCCUGGUUCGGUUUGUGAACAGCACAUGGAUCUUUGGAAAGGCCAUGUGCCACAUCAGCCGCUUCGUGCAGUACUGCUCCCUCCACGUCUCCACGCUGACCCUGACGGCCAUUGCCCUGGACAGGCACCAGGUCAUCCUGAACCCGCUGAAGCAGAGGAUGUCACUAACGAAGGGAGUGCUGAGCAUCUCUGUUAUCUGGCUGAUGGCAACCUGUUUCUCCCUACCCCAUGCUAUCUAUCAAAAGCUUUUCCAGUAUAACUACAGGGAAGCCACUGUACGGAGUUUGUGCCUCCCUGAUUUUCCGGAGCCUGCAGAACUGGUCUGGAAGUAUCUGGACCUAUCUACCUUUCUCCUUCUUUACCUCCUGCCUCUGCUAAUCAUCACUGUCACCUACACGCGCCUGGCCAAGAAGCUGUGGCUCCGCAACGCCAUUGGAGACGUCACCACGCAGCAGUAUAUCACCCACCACAAGAACAAGAAGAAAAGCAUCAAGAUGCUGAUGCUGGUGGUGGUGGUCUUCGCUGUCUGCUGGUUUCCUCUCAACUGCUACGUAGUGCUCAUCUCCAGUCUGGGCAUCAAGACGAAGAACUCCCUCUAUUUUGCCCUGCACUGGUUCGCCAUGAGCAGCACCUGCUACAACCCUUUCAUCUACUGCUGGCUGAACGAGAGCUUCCGCUCGGAGCUCAAGUCCCUGCUCUGCAUGUGCCAGAAGGUGCCUCAGACUCAGGACGACGUGCUGCCGCCCGCGGUCGCGUCCUGCCGUGAGGCAUGGAUGGAGCAGGCCAGGUGCAGGAAGGGACCUGCCUCGCAGACCAUUUGCUCCACUGUGAACGUCCAGACGGCCAACACAGACCUGUGAGCUGAAGGGCUGAGGUGAGUUAGCUGGAUUCGGUGGACAUCAAAGGGCAUCUUCCCCUUUCUCCUCAGGAAUCGACGUUGCUGCUCUGGUGUUUUACUGCUGACUGUUGUCUGGUAUCACAGUAGUACCCCCUUUGCUCGGUGCAGUGGGAGCAGAGCCUCUCAAGCACCCUCCCUGUGAGCCCGCAGCUGCAGCUGGUCCAAGGUGCAGGCGUGUGUGCGGGGGACGUGGAGGCCCACAGACGGUGUAGUUGCUUUCAGGGUUUCCCGUCCGAUUACUAGCAGAGGGAGUGGGACCCAGGUUUCCAUCAUUGCUCAUGCUGUCCCGAGCCGCUGGCCUGUCUCGGAGCUCAUAACACGUGCCACAGCACAGGGGCUUUGCUGAGCAAUGGAAACGGACCUGUUCUGACAUGUGUUUGAAGGAAGGACUUGGACAUCCAGGUUGACUCCAUCCAUACGGAGUUUCACCAGAUAAUUUAUACCAAAGCCUCCCAGCAGAGGUAAGGGUCAGUCCAUAGCAAUUUCCUCUUCAGACGGUGCGGCUCCUCCUCCCCUCCCUCUGCCGCUUCUGGAGCUGCAGAGCCAGCAGCUGAAAACCAGCCCCGGACGAGAGGGAGCGGGAAUGCACACCGGGCAUCGGGAGCAGCAGCCUCAGACAGCGUUCAGGCGGACAAAUUUAGUCCAUUGAGAAUUUCUUUUUGUUUUUAUUAUAAAUAUAUUAAUUCAGGAAAUAAACCUACACUGGCACUAAACAAAGGGCCACAAAAUAUUUCACCAGGGCUGUAGCAUUCACUAACUGAAGAAUGAAAUCAUUCUGCGUAAUUACUAAUUGCUGUAAGGGUUUCAUUUAAACAAUGGAAUGACUCAGACUAAGAGGGAAGGUUUUGUUUACAGUCCUACAAAAAAUACCAUUUAAUUUAGCUACGCUUGGGAGGCAGGUGAAAAAAAGAAUACAAAAUAAAGGAAAAAUAUAGUACAUGAGAGAGAGAAAAAGAAGGAAAAAGACAGGGAAAACAGACAUUAAAGGCAGAAAGAAACCAGAACUGCUACGUGAUUUCGCAAGCAGUGUGGAGCAGUGGCUGGGCACAGGGGAGCAGGAACUGGAAGGACCUCCUGGCCUGGCCGGUGACAUCCCUUUCUCCAUCACACUAUCCCUCUUGAAAAUUGCACCCAGCCCAGAGAGGCCAGACUUCUCUCAGCUUCCCUGGUUGAGCUUGAGCAAGGGACUUCUCUUACUUGGAGAAGACAGACAAAAGUUGGGAAAAUAUUUAUUACUUACUUAUCCAUCCAGACUUCGGGUUGAGUAGUAAGUCCUUUGCAGUAAUAACGCUGUGUGUGUUUUGAGCCCCAACAGUUCCUGGGUAAUCCUUCAAAACUCGGUGUUGGCAACCGGUACAUGCUGCAACGGUGGCAGAGGGGCUCUGGUACGGACCAGCCGGGUGGUUACUGUCUGGUCCUCAGACCUGAAAUUCGUAGGGUAACUUUGUACUCGCAGCAAAAACCCGCAAACAAACUGCUUUGGAUAAAAAUAGCUCCACCGAACUCCAGUGCACUUGGAACUGAUGUUGGCAGAAGCUGGGCUCUGCUGGGGAGCGCAGAGGGGCAGCAAACGGGCUGCAGCACCAUGACAGGCACGGCAGGAUCCAGCACCCCUGAACUCCAGCGGGCUCCUGCUGGCCAUGGUCUGGGCGAGGUCAGGUCCGAGAAGGAAGGCUGCCGAGCGCAGCGAGAGACAGCCUUUCCCUGAAAAACAGCCUGCUGAAUCCCCUCCUGGGCCAGAUAGCCACACA